AUGAUGCCGAAUUCUGACCCUAUGAAUGAGGAGACCGCUAGAACAUAUGAAGCACAUAUAAUACAUGAAAGCAGAAUGGUUUGCUCGGCAGCCGAGCCUGACACCAAUGUCUUCGUCAAUGAGGUGCUUGGCAAAACAUCAGAUGUGCCGCCAGGAACGAAGAAGGUUUUCACCGUCCGCGAGAAACCAAUCUUGGUAAUCAACGAUAAUGGGACAUUCUAUGCGACUAGCGGAAUUUGCGCGCACUACAACUCCCCGUUCGAGAACGGUGUCUACUUCAAAGGCAAGAUCCGUUGUCCUCUACAUGGAUCAUGUUACAACGUCAAGACUGGAGACAUUGAGGACUAUCCUGGUUUUGACAGCAUCUUCACAUAUGAUGUCAAAGAUGUCAAUGGUGAUCUGGUGCUGAAUACUCCAGAGGAAACGAUGAAAAGUUCACGUCGGACGCGGAAGUCGAAUGUAACAGCCACUACCAAUGAGCCGCCAAUCAUCGUCGUUGGAGCUGGGGUUGGUGCCGAAGCAUUUGCUGAACAUGCAAGGCUGCUUGGUUGUGCCACACCAAUCACAAUGAUCACUGAGGAUGAUACACCACCUUAUGAUAGAGUUCUACUCAGUAAGAAACCAACUACAGACGUGAAGGAUGCGCGCAUGCGAAGUGACGAGUACUACAAGGAAAAUUUCAUAGACGUAAUCACGAAUGCUAAGGUCACUGGUGUAGAUCUCUCUCACCGUAAAAUAAAUCUCGAGACGGGAGAUAGCAUGCAAUUUAGCAGGCUAGUGUUAGCAUUGGGCGGUCUGCCAAAGAAACUCACCUGCCCUGGUGCUGAUCUGAAGAACGUUUACACCUUACGCUACAUUUCCAAUGCAAACAAGAUCGCUGCAGAAUCUGUCGGAAAGAACGUGGUGUGCAUCGGCGGAUCAUUUAUAGGCAUGGAAAUAGCGUCUGCCCUCUCAAAAACGGCGGCAUCAGUGACUGUGGUCUGCACCACCGACGAGCCGCUACCGCAGCUGGGUCCUGAUGUGGGCUGCGUUAUCAGAAAUCGAUUCGAAGAAAAGGGAGUGCAUGUUUUGGUGAAGUCCAAUGUCGAGAAAUUGGAAGGCACAGACGCUGGUGUCACUGGCGUUGUUCUCACUUCGGGUGAAAAACUUCCCGCAGACAUGGUUGUCGUUGGGAUAGGAAUCGAGCCACCGACGGAAUGGUUGAAAGGUACCCGUAUCGAAUUGGACGACCGCGGUUUUAUCAUAGUAGACGAUCGAUUCAGAACAACUGCAGAUUUUGUUUAUGCCAUCGGCGAUUCAGUUACUGCACCGCUACCACUGUGGGACAUAGAGAACAUCAACAUUCAGCACUUCCAAUUAGCGCAAACUCACGGCCACUUGUUGGCAUAUUCCAUCAUCGGACGACCGUACCCCACCCAAAUUGUACCUUUCUUCUGGACGUUAUUCUUCCAGGAAUUCGGCGUUCGCCUCGCUGGAUGCCCCGAAGGUUCAUCGAACGUCAUACUUCAUGGUAGCCUGGCCGAUCUCAAAUUUGCAAAAUACUACUUGAAGGAUGACAUCGUUGUGGCAGUGGCAAGUGCUGGUCCAACUCCGACGGCUGUGCAGUUUUUGGAACUGUUCAAAAGGAAAAAGCAAGUGACACGUGAGGACGUUGACAAAAAUACCACUGAUGACUGGCUCGCUUUCCUGAACGAGUAAAGAACAGGCUUCUCUGUUUGUGAUACUGUGCUUUGCAGCUUUCUGAAAGCCAUUAAUUAUUUAUUAGGAUAGAAUAAAUUUUGCAAAUGCGCU